UUACAUAACAACAUACACAACAAAACCUCCUUCCUUCCUUCCUAAAUUAUCUAUUCUCCCACCCCUUCCUUCCUUCUCUUAUUCUUUCAUUCAUUCAAUCAAUAACAAUAAAUAAAAUCCCUCUUUCUUCUCUCCCUCCUAAAUCAUUUCUUAACCUACAAAAUCAUCAACACUUCCAUUCUAAUCGCAUAAAGUUUCUACUUUUCUUGUUUUUGGGACUCGAGGGUUCUGGAUUAAGCAAUAGUUCAAGCAGUUAAAUCUUCUCAUCUUAAUUAAUUUGGGCACUGCAGAAUUUAGCAGUGCCCAUGGAUGCCACCACGAGUGGAACACAAAGUAUUCAAUACCCCAACAUUCCCGAUCAACCCGUUUCCAUGCCCCCAAGUCCAUCGUUAAAUCGACAAACCCGGCAUUGUUUCGGAGAUGCAACACCAGGAGAAUUUCCAUUAUCUGCAAACCCUUCAAUUGUUCUUCAUGUUCUCACUGGUUGUAAUCUUGACCCACAAGAUCUAGCAAAACUAGAGGCUACAUGUUCUUUCUUUAGGCAGCCUGCCCAUUUUGCCCCUGAUCAUGAACUCUGUUUAUCUGAGCUUGCGGCUCUUGAUAUGUGCGAAAAAAGAGCAAUUUUUAAACCAAUGAAUUUAGAAAAACGCCAAGAUUUGAAACUAAGAUGUGGGGGUUCUUGGAAAUUGGUUUUGAGAUUCUUGUUGGCCGGAGAAACAUGUUCUAGAAGGGAAAAAUCUCAGGCUAUAGCCGGGCCGGGCCAUAGUAUUGCCGUGACUUCAAAAGGGUCUGUUUAUACUUUUGGGUCAAAUAGCUCGGGCCAAUUAGGUCAUGGAACUACCGAAGAGGAGUCUCGGCCUCGCUUAAUCAGAUCUUUGGCAGGAAUACGUAUAAUACACGCAGCAGCAGGGGCGGGUCGAACAAUGCUAAUCAGUGAUUCAGGGCAGGUUUACGCCUUUGGAAAAGACUCAUUUGGGGAAGCAGAGUAUGGAGCUCAAGGAAGUAAGCAAGUCAACACUCCUCAAAUAGUCGAGUCUUUGAAAGACAUAUUCGUCGUACAAGCUGCUAUUGGAAAUUUCUUUACAGCUGUAUUAUCACGAGAAGGAAGAGUCUACACGUUUUCUUGGGGUAAAGAGAAUAAACUCGGUCACCAGACCGAAGCAACCGAUCUUGAACCACGCCCAUUGUUGGGCCCACUUGAAAAUAUACCAGUGGUUCAGAUUGUGGCUGGAUAUUGCUAUCUUCUUGCUUUGGCUUGCCAACCUACUGGCAUGUCAGUGUACUCAGUCGGAUGUGGGUUAGGAGGGAAAUUAGGGCAUGGGAUGAAAAGCGAUGAGAAACAGCCAAGACUGAUAGAACAGUUUCAAACUUUAAACCUACAACCGAUGGUGGUUGCAGCCGGUGCAUGGCAUGCAGCCGUGGUCGGGACUGAUGGCAGGGUGUGCACAUGGGGCUGGGGCCGAUACGGUUGUUUAGGCCAUGGGAAUGAAGACUGUGAUUCGGUUCCAAAAGUGGUUGAAUCUUUAAGCAAUGUAAAAGCUGUACAUGUUGCUACAGGGGAUUAUACCACUUUUGUUGUUUCUAAUGAUGGGGAUGUUUAUUCUUUUGGAUGUGGUGAAUCGUCGAGUCUCGGGCAUAAUACUGCAGAUGUUGAUGCACAGGGGAUUCAGCAUGCUAAAAUAUUGAGCCCAAAGUUAGUGACAUCAUUAAAGCAAAUUAACGAAAGGGUAGUACAAGUCAGCCUUACAAACUCUAUCUAUUGGAAUGCGCACACAUUUGCACUAACAGAAACAGGGAAACUAUAUGCAUUUGGGGCGGGUGACAAAGGUCAGCUCGGUGUGGAACUUGUGGCUAACCAAACCGAAAGGCCGACCCCUGAACGGGUCGAGAUUGAUCUCAGUUAGGAGAAUCCUAUGAUGACUGCUGCUAAUCUUUACAUAUGAUGAAUUGUUUGUUUGUUUUUUUAUUUAAAGUCUGGUGUCUGUAACUUCCUUCCAUGUGUACAUAGAAACAGAAGGAUCUGUAUAGAAUGUAAAAUUGUUGAUAGGUGUGUAGAAGAAAAUACUAAAGGUGUAAAUAUUAUUUCAGUUUCAUUUGAUUAUAACAAGUUUAUUCUAAUAA